AUGUUCGAGGACGAGCCCCACGCCGAGGGGGCAGCGGCGGUCGCCGCGGCCAGGGAGGCGCUACAGGCCCUGUGCCAGGAACUGAACCUGGACGAGGGAAGCGCGGCCGAAGCCCUGGAUGACUUCACCGCCAUCCGCGGCAACUACAGCCUAGAGGGAGAAGUUAUACACUGGCUGGCAUGCUCUUUAUAUGUUGCUUGCCGCAAGAGCAUCAUUCCUACAGUGGGAAAGGGCGUCAUGGAAGGAAACUGUGUUUCACUCACCAGAAUACUGCGCUCAGCUAAGUUAAGCUUAAUACAGUUUUUUAGUAAAAUGAAGAAGUGGAUGGACAUGUCAAACCUACCACAAGAAUUUCGUGAGCGGAUAGAAAGGCUAGAAAGAAAUUUUGAAGUAUCUACUGUAAUUUUUAAAAAAUUUGAGCCCAUUUUUUUAGAUAUAUUUCAAAAUCCAUAUGAAGAGCUACCAAAGUUGCCACGGAGCAGAAAGCAGCGGAGGAUUCCUUGCAGUGUUAAGGACCUCUUUAAUUUCUGCUGGACACUCUUUGUUUACACUAAGGGUAAUUUUCGUAUGAUUGGUGAUGAUUUAGUAAACUCAUAUCAUUUACUUCUGUGCUGCUUGGACCUGAUUUUUGCCAAUGCUAUAAUGUGCCCAAAUAGACGAGACUUGUUAAAUCCAUCAUUUAAAGGUCUACCGUCUGAUUUCCAUGCUCCAGACUUCAAAGCUGCCGAAGAACCUCCCUGUAUCAUUGCUGUACUUUGUGAUCUGCAUGACGGACUUCUAGUAGAAGCAAAAGGAAUAAAGGAACAUUACUUCAAGCCGUAUAUUUCAAAACUCUUUGAUAAGAAGGUUUCUCUUGUAUUUUAUAGAUCUUGUAUGCGGAAUCCCAUGGGAAACAUUAUAAAAAUAGUGAAAGGAAUAGGAGAGACUUUCUGCCAACACUAUACCCAGUCCACAGAUAAACAGCCAGGAUCUCACAUAGACUUUGCUGUGAACAGACUAAAACUGGCAGAAAUUUUGUAUUAUAAAAUACUAGAGACUAUAAUGGUCCAGGAAACACGACGACUUCAUGGAAUGGACAUGUCAGUUCUUUUAGAGCAAGAUAUAUUUCAUAGAUCCUUGAUGGCUUGUUGUUUGGAAAUUGUGCUCUUUGCCUAUAGCUCGCCCCGUACUUUCCCUUGGAUCAUUGAAGUUCUCGAUUUGCAGCCAUUUUAUUUUUAUAAGGUUAUUGAAGUGGUGAUCCGCUCAGAGGAGGGGCUUUCCAGAGACAUGGUGAAACACCUGAACAGCAUUGAAGAGCAGAUUUUAGAGAGUUUAGCUUGGACUAAUAAUUCUGCAUUGUGGGAAGCUCUCCAUGCUUCUGCAAACAAAGUUCCUUCCUGUGAAGAAGUUAUAUUCCCAAAUAACUUUGAAAUAGGAAAUGGAGGAACUGUACAAGGCCAUCUCCCCAUGAUGCCAAUGUCACCAAUAAUACAUCCAAGAGUUAAGGAAGUCCGCACGGACAGCGGGAGCCUUCGGAAGGAUAUGCAACCAUUGUCUCCGAUUUCUGUCCAUGAGCGCUACAGCUCCCCUGCUGCAGGAAGCGCUAAGAGGAGACUGUUUGGAGAUGACCCACCAAAGGACACACUGAUGGAUAAGAUUAUGGCCGAAGGAACAAAGCUGAAAAUUGCUCCUUCUAGUGUCACUGCUGAAAGCUUAUCAAUUUCCCCUGGGCAAGCUCUUCUGACAAUGGCCACAACCACAGUCACAGGGACGAUGGGACGGAAAGUUACAGUUCCUUUGCAUGGUAUUGCCAAUGAUGCUGGAGAAAUCACACUGGUUCCUAUUUCCAUGACUAAAACUCAGGAGUCCACAGCCGAGAGCCCUGUAUCACUGACUGCCCAGUCAUUAAUUGGGGCUUCUCCAAAACAGACCCAUCUGACUAAAGCCCAAGAUGCUCAUCUGACUGGAAUAAGCAAACCGAAGAGGACUGGGUCCUUAGCCCUGUUUUAUAGAAAGGUCUAUCAUUUGGCAAGUGUGCGCUUACGUGAUUUAUGUUUAAAACUUGAUGUUUCAAAUGAGUUACGAAGGAAGAUCUGGACAUGUUUUGAAUUCACUUUAGUUCACUGCCCUGAUUUAAUGAAAGAUAGGCAUUUGGAUCAGCUCCUUCUGUGUGCCUUUUACAUCAUGGCAAAAGUAACAAAAGAAGAAAGAACUUUUCAAGAAAUAAUGAAAAGUUAUAGGAAUCAGCCCCAAGCUAAUAGUCACGUAUACAGGAGUGUUCUCUUGAAAAGCAUUCCAGGAGAAGUUGUGGUGUACAGUGGUGAUUAUGAAAUGACCGAUGGUGACAUAGAAGAUGCCACCAAAACUCCCAACUGUUCCAGUGAACCAGUGAAAGAGGAAAGAGGCGAUCUUAUCAAAUUCUACAAUACAAUAUAUGUAGGAAGAGUGAAGUCAUUUGCAUUGAAGUAUGAUUUGUCCAAUCAGGACCAUAUAAUGGAUGCUCCACCCCUCUCUCCUUUCCCACAUAUUAAGCAGCAGCCGGGUUCCCCACGCCGCAUUUCCCAGCAGCAUUCCAUUUACGUUUCUCCACACAAGAAUGGAUCAGGCCUCACCCCCAGGAGCGCACUGCUGUACAAGUUCAAUGGCAGCCCUUCUAAGAGUUUGAAAGAUAUCAACAACAUGAUCAGGCAAGGUGAGCAGAAAACCAAGAAGCGUGUGAUAGCCAUCACUGGAGAUGCAGAAUCACCUGCCAAACGUCUCUGCCAAGAGAACGAUGAUGUUUUACUUAAACGACUACAAGAUGUUGUCAGUGAAAGAGCAAAUCACUAAUGCUACCCUUCGUCUGAUCAAAGCACUUUUGGAUUGUUCUGGAGAAAGUUGGGGGCGCCAUCCUUCCCAUUUUUAUCACUGGGUUAUACAAAAACUUGCACCAAAAGUAAGCUCCUUUUUAAUAGCAUUUAUUCACUCUGUUUCUGACAGACGUAUAUUUUGAGGUAGAUUAGAAAAGAAUGUUUUAAGUGCCUUCAUAAAUAGUAAUAAGGGUUUUUUUUUUAGCAUUUUUUCCUAGGGUUACAUUUUUUAGGAUGAAUUAAGAAGAAACUAUUUUUUUUUAAGAAACUAUUUUUUAACUAUCUUUUCAGAAUGAUCAAAUGUCUCCUAUGCUUUUUAAUUUGGUCAGUGAGUCUGUGAGAUACUUGUCCUGUCUGCUUGUGUUGAAGGUAGGGCUAGCUCCCACAGUACAAGAGCUCACUGACGUCCCAGCCUGCCUUGGGCCUGCUGGAACAGUGGCCCCUCAGUGCCCCCAGCAUGUGGGAGUCUGUGCCUGUCUUCUUCUUCUCUUUGGGUACAAGCAGCUUUGUACCUUUUAGCUCACAACACUGUAAAAGGGAUACCCAGUUUUAAAACUACAAUUUUCAUGAUAUUGCCUUAAUGAUUUUAUGUGAUUGUAUUCAGUCAUGUAGUUCUCAAAAUAAGAAACUGAAUCUAAAUCUAGGAGAAUGAAAUUCAGAUAAAUGAGAAAUUAAAUUUCCUUAGUAAAGUAGCAUUAUGAUAAGAUCAUUUAUUCAUUCAUGUUGGGCACAGUGGAACAUGCCUAUAAUUCCAGUACACAGGAGGAUUGCUGGGACUGUCCAGCCAGCAUAGCUACAUAGCAAGACCCUGACUCAAAAAACUAAAUUAUUCAUUCUCAUUGUUUAUUUAAUUUCCUGAAAAUAUUUGAAGCUUUUACAUUAAAAUCACUUCAUACCUUGUAAGCAAAUGUUUCCGUUUAAGAGCUGCUUUUCCUUUCUAGUUUGUAUCACCCUUUGUUCCAGUAAUUAUGAUUUCUCAUGAGUCUCCCCUGGGGUGUAACUCCUGGGUCCCCUUGAGGAUCUCUCCACACUGGAGGUUUAGCCUUCUAAAGAAUCAGGUCGCUAGUGUUCACCUUUUCUUCUGUGUGUCUAGCAUCAGAUAGGGUGUUAAUAAGCCAUUUAAACUCAUAGUUAGAUAAUGUAUCAGUAUAAAUAUUUUUAGCUGCAAACCUUAUUUUUAAAAUAUAAAGUGUUGGCUUGGCAGUCUAGCUCAGCAUGUCUAACAUAGCCAAUGCUAGCUAAUUUGAAUUAGUCUUAAGGUUUGGCUGCCAAUUAAUGAUGAAUGGUAACCAAAGUUUUAUUUUUACAUUUUAAAAAGAGGUUUGGGUUAUGUUUUGCUUUUCUGAAAAUUUGUGUUUUGUGUAGUAUCUACACAUGUUGUAAUAAGCCAAAUAAUAGUCUGUCUUGAGUCCUUGUACAUAUUUCUGUGUAGCUAUAACUACUGUAUCACUUUCAUUAUUAAUGUACAAAAUAUAAAUGUAGAUUUAUUCAGUGACUAUGUUAAAAAACUUAAGACAUGAAUUUACCAAUUUUCAGGACUUUGUAUUAAUGUAUAUAAAAUAGUUAAUAAAAAUUAGAAUUUUUAAAACUUAAA